GGAUUUACCUUUUACAAAAAAGACAGACCUUGAAAACAGACGAUAACAAACCGAUAACAGCUAUUGAUAAAUCCGUCAUUGACCAGGUUAGACGUUGAAGAUUCAAAAUGUCGAGAGCUUACCAAUAUUCAGAAGAUUUUAAAGUUACAGACCAAAUGAAAAAUGAUUAUGAAGAAGGGGGAUAUAUUAUCAUCAAAGGAUUAUUAGAUGUUGAAGAAUUAAACAAUAUUAAAAAAGCUGUCGAAUGUAAAAAUGACCUUACAGACAGUGCUUAUGGGCUACCAGAUGGUGAAAAUGGAUACAGUAGACUGGCAUUGUGGAGCCAUCCUGGAAAUGAUGUUACUGGUAUGUUGGUACGCACUGAGAAGCUAGCUGGAACUGCAGAACAGCUCCUAGGUGGUGAGGUGUACCACUACCAUACUAAACUAAUGAUGAAAAAUCCAAAAACUGGUGGACGCCAUGUUUGGCACCAAGAUUAUGGCUACUGGUAUAAAAAUGGCUGCCUGUUUCCAGAUAUGCUCAGUGUAUUUUUACCAAUAGAUAAAUGUAUCAAAGAAAAUGGCUGCCUGGAGAUUUUGGACGGAUCGCAUAAGUGUGGGCGUAUUGAACAUUUGAUGGUUGCUGGACAGACUGGCGCCGAUAUGGAAAGAGUCAAAGAAUUGCAGAAAGUCUUUCCUCACAAAUAUGUGGAACUUGAUGCAGGUGAUGCCCUAUUUUUCCACUGUAAUCUGCUUCACACCAGUGCUCCAAACCACAGUGACAUGAGACGCUGGGUGUUUAUACCGGCCUAUAAUAAAGCCAGCAAUAAUCCAGUUUAUGAACAUCAUCAUCCUCAAUAUACUAAAUUACAUAAGGUACCCAACUCAGCCAUCAGAGAAUGUCGAAACUAUACAGACAUGACUGGUAAAGAAUUCAUUGACACUUCUAAAGAUAAAACAGUGGCUGCUGUCAAAAGAGACUAGAUUGCUUCUUGGCUGAUUUUAUUUUUUUGCAAUUCUGUCUUUUUUUAGAGGGUGUGGGGGGAUAUGUGAAUUUGGGCCCCAAUGGUUUUAUUUGUAAAUAGAUAGGGGCUUUUUCAGUGUUCUUAACUCUUUCAAUAUACUGGUAAUUACAGGGAUGUCUUAAGUGGUUUUUACAUAAAAUUCUGAUGCCUCGAUUAGUGCUUUUAUGAAUCAGACUGGUGAUGACUUUCACCCCCUAAUACCAAGUGAUGUCACAUCAGCUGAACACUUAAGUUAUAUAAUUUUGAAUUCACGGUGUGUGAUGGAUUUUUAAGGUUUUUCACACUACAGUGUUUACAGGGUUAAACAGGAAUUGGUGAAUUUGGCAGUUUUUUGGUAUAUUUUUUAUAGUAUUUGGAGGUAAAAUGCCAAAAAAGAAACAAUCUCUUGAUAAUUAUCAUGCAAUCCUUUAUGGGGUAUUGGUGCCACUCUGCAACUGGGAUGUCAACAUAAUAAACAAGUUAAUUAUUAGCAAAUAGUUUUAUUGCAAUGAUUUUUUUUUAGAUUUUUUUUUAGAUUUUUUUUUCAAUCCAUAUUUAUUUUUAAAUGUUGUGAGACUCUAUGCAUUUGAUUGGGAAAUAAGUUUUCUUUUAAUGUUUUAUUGGAUUGUUGAGAAACCAUACAUGAAAUUUUACUUUUACAAAGUGAUACUUACAGCUUAAAUGGAGUUCUUUAAGAAAGUAAAGCAAAUAUUUAAACACGUAUUCCCUUUAACAUUGCCUAAAUGCUCAAUAUAUAUUUCAAUAACUCGUUAUCAAAUAACUUAAGUUAAAUUGGUCCCUUUUAAAAGUGAGUUCUAUUAGGUGAUUGAGCAAAUACGUUGCCUAAAUGCUUGAUAAAUAUUGUUAAUAACUUGUUAUAGAAUUACUAAUAAAGUUUUGUAUUAUUUUUAUAUCUUAUAAUUGUUAUAUUUGAAUAAAUUUGUUAUUUUCUUUUAAAAAGAUUUUGAGGGAAUAAUUUGAAAAAUAAAUAUACUUUGAAAC